AUGGCCAAGGCAGCCAAGGCGGCCGGUUCGUCGGCACGCUUCCGCCAGCGGAAAAUCAGCGUCAAGCAGACGCUGGCGGUACUCAAGCAGUCUGACAUCCCAGACCUUGAGGAGGAGCAGCAGCGCGAGCUGCAACAGAUUGAGACGGGAGUGGAGAAGGGCGAGGAGGAGGAGCACCAUCUGCAGGCGGCCAUCAACUCAUCGAUAGCCCAGAGCACCGGCGCAAAGGUGGAGAAAAUCUACAUUCCCACCCCAGAUGCGUCGCAGGUGUGGAAGGAGUAUGACCGGUUCUACUCUUCGUCGUUUCAUGAGCCCGCCAGUUACAUCCGGACGAGUGUGACGGUCGAAGAGACCUCCGGAUGUCUCUACAACAUGGAUGAUGAAGAUGCAGAGUUUCUCAAGACGUGCAAGCCGCCAAUAUCGGAAGACGACUUCGAGGAGGUGAUGCACAGAUUCGAGGUGACCAUCAGCGAAAAACAACCGUUUGUGUCCAUCGACGUGUCGAACCUUCUGUCGUUUGAGGAGAUGGCCCAGCACAUUGAAGAUGGUAUUCGGCAGGUUCAGGAGGACCCAACGUCGCCGGAAUACAUUUUGGCGCAGUUGCAGUCUUCUCUAGGCAUCACUGUGAAUGGUACUAAGGGUAAGAAUGAGGGUAAGGCGUUUCUGGCAACGUUCAAGAAGAUCGGCGCUGUCAUCUAUCCACACUGGCGAGCACGCAAGGUGGAACGCAAAGGCCAGUCCAUUGUGCCCCACCUAAAAUUUGAGGAUCAUGAGAAGGACGACAGUGACCCAUAUGUGUGUUUCCGACGCCGAGAGUUGCGGCAGGUGCGAAAGACUCGUCGUACGGACGUGUUGAGCAUCGAGCGACUACGGCGCAUGCAGGCAGAGAUGGAAACCGCCAAGCAGCUGGUGGAGAUGGUUGCCACGCGAGAAUUUACUCGCAAGGCUGCUCUCAAGGCUGAAUGGGAUGUGUUCGAGGACAGAUGCGCCAUCAAGACUCUCAAGCGAGAGUUGGGCAUCAAAGGUGAGGAUGAGGAUCUGGUGGCUCAAAAGAAGCGAAAGGUGGAGCCCAAGAAGGAGGAAAAAGCGGAGAAGGCAUCUACUCCUGUUCGAGGAGGCAAGGCCGCUGGCUCUGCUGCUUCUGCCCAGGCCGCUGCUGCACAGGCUGCUGCUGCAGGCUCGGGUUCGCCUUCCGUGUCUUCCACACAUGUGCCACCAAAUGUGUCCAUUCCACCGUCCAAGAUCCCCAACAUGGACCUCAUCACUAUUGCCCAAGUUGUGCGAGACAAGGACGAGGCGAUUGCAAAGGCGGUGCGCGAGAAGCUACGACUUCGAGCAGAUGCAGACCGCGACUGGCACAAUCUCACAAACUCGGGCUACAUUCCUUACUGCGAGUACUUGAACGCUGAGGUAUCUUCUUCUGGUGAGCCUCCUGUGCCUCAGUACUCGUCUAUCAAUGAGAUGGCUUACUUUGAGAAGCACAACGCCAGCCACCGGUACACCACCAAGAGCGACUUCAACAAGGAUCUCGCCAGUAUGGUUGGCAACAAGCCCUUUGCAGAUGCUCAGGUGUAUGGUGCUAUUGUGGGAGAUGAUGGGGAGUUGCGAUUAUCAGAUGCAACAUCUACUUCGUCACCUGUGGACCGUGUUAUUCCCCGGUCUUCUUUUAUGUCCAUGCGAAAGCGUGUUGGUCGAGGAGGACGGAUGUGGAUGGACCGGCGAGGCCUGCAGCGCAACACUGUGCUCAAGCCCAGCAGUCUGGCCAAAAACUCCCUGGACGACACUGCCGAGAGUGAGGCAGACGAGGUUGCCAUGGAGCGACUGGCAGACCGGCAAAAGUACGAUCGAGAGACAGAGCCGACGCGGCAAAUGUCCAGCUACGACAAGGACCCGUCUCAGCUGAAUGGCAUUUCGUCGGACACACAGUCAAUUCGGUUUGGCUCCAUGCUGCUGUCCAAGGCCUACGAGAACUACCGCGAGGUGUUCCAGCAGCGCCAGCAGCAGUUGAUGAUGCUACAGCAGCAGAUUCUUCAGCAGCAGCAACAGCAACAGAUGCGAAACCGGCAACAAUCUCACCCCCCGGGCGACCCAGGGGCCGGUCUAGGAGGUGGUCAAGGAGCCGGAGGAGGAGCUGGCGGCAGUCGCAACAACAGUCCUGCUCCCGGUACUAAUGGCCCUCAGUCCAAGAUGCACAAUGCCGCUCCCAUGGGCUACAACAAGCAAGGUAUGACGCCCAGCCAACAUCAACAAUAUCAACAGAUGCAGCAACAACAACAGCAGCAGCAACAGCAGCAACAACAGCGUAAAAUGGGAGUCGCUCCUAUGAAUGCAGCUUCCGCGGCUGCAGCGAUGGCCGCUCAACCUCGGCGAUCUAGUGGCAGUCCUGAUGGUCAACGAUUCAACGGACUGCCCAACGGAGGGGCCAUGGCCAAUGGGGUUCUUCCGAAUGGCAUGAGUCAGCGGAUGAUGCCUGGAGGAGACAUGAAGCAGAAAUCUGAGUUGGCAAAGGUGGAUGCGUAA